AUGGUGGACGAAAGAAGCGUGCUGCUUUGUCGAGACUUUUCUUCGAAAAUCUAUAGCUUUUUCUCUCGUUACUCAAAAGUUCCACUAUGGCAGAGUACGUCCAGCAAAAUCUCGAGGGUAUGUUGCCAGAACUUGAGGAAAUGGAGCGAAUGGGAGUGUUUUCAAGUGAUGAAAUCAGGUGAGUAAAGUUUACAGCUGUUUACUCGUCUUUUGGUGGAGAACAUGUUUUUAACAGCUGAACUGUAGAACUCAUACCUGCUACUUACUUGCAUUGCAUUGAAAAUAAAUAGUAUCGACUGUUUUUAACUCGUUCUUAACUUUCAUUUACUCAUGUUACUUAGUCUUGAUUCGUCGACUGUGGAUGCACAGUUGUUCUGUCCUUAAGCUACAUGCCUCUUAUGUAGCUAAGCUAAGAAACAUUAAUUUCUUGAUAAUCCGUGUCAUCUCAGAAGUUGGGCACCAGGAUUCAAUAGUUGCAAUUUUGUGAAAAAACGUUCUCAACGUCUAACAAAUGACCAAGAGUAAAACCCAACUAAAUUUUCUUACAUGUAUUAAAGAUGGUUUUGGUCUAUUAAAGUCAUAAUUAUUACUGAUUUAAUGUCAUUUACCACGAUACAGGACCAUUGUACGUAAGAGACGAGACUAUGAAUACCGUCUGCAAAAAAGAAUCGUUCAGAAGUCAGACUUCUUAAGAUAUAUGCAGGUACAUACAGAACCGUGAUCACCUACUGUAGUACAUCCAUAACAAAAGCUGUUAUAUUCCACUGAUGAGAUUCCCAUUCUAAUGAUCAAGGCUUACAGAUUCUUGGUUCGAACAUUUAAUGAAUUUGUUUUCUUUUACUUAUAGUAUGAAAUUAACCUGGAUAUGUUGAAGAAAAAGAGGAAGUCGGUGAGAUAUUUAUCUGCAGUGCAGUAUUUUUCAAUUAAAUUUACUGAAAUCUUCAAGUGUAGAAAUUCAUUUAUUUUUGUUUUGCAGAGACUUGGCAUAAAAAGGAAUUUACAAGCAGAAUAUGCAACAAUGAAAAAAAUACACAAUCUGUUUCAGGUAAAGAAUGUUGAUAUCCUUACUACAAUCUCUAUAAGGUAUACUAUGAUUAUUCUUAGAAAUUUCUAUGUUUGUAAACAGGAUUUUUUUUUAGUUUUUUAAGCGAGGCAGUUUGAGUUAUUAAUGCAUCUCAGUUUUAAAUGAGGUUAGUUCAGCUCAGUUAAAUCACCUACGGAAUUAGUUCUGAAUUAUUAUUUCCUAAGCCUCCUAAUCCCUCAGCACCUCCUUUCAAAAAUAGCUUCAUUCUGUAGACAAGGACUACAGCCUGCAUAAUACACGUACACCUGUAGAUAGAAGAUGAAUUUGACCCCAUGUCUUAAUCCUCCCAAUAAGUUUGACCAGUUUUUUUUCUUAUCUAAAAAUUAGAUUUCAUGAUUCAGUUCACUUGUACAAAAAUUAAACACACAUAUCUUGUUUUGCUUUUCAGAAUGCCUUAAAGAAGUUUGUGGUAAGUUGUAAUGGGGUAAAUUUGAGCAACCUGUCUUUGAAGGCACAUUGUGAAUAAAAGUAACAUAUUCGUAAUAAGGCGAUUCACAAAAAGGGUACAAAAAUUGUUCAACACUCUAACUUUUAACCUAUCUUAGAAUAUUGAUCACAGCAAGACCAGCUACAUACAACUGUAUAUAUAAAUGAUUUAGGUGUUAGUACAUUUCUCAGGAUCCUUUUAUGCCUGUAGUUUACCUUGUUGAUAAAUUCUCUGUAGCUGAGUUGACAGAAGUUGGAAGGUCUUUGCUUGAAGUUUUCAUCCCACACCUGUCAAAAAAAAUUAUUAUGAAUUUCUUUAGGUGUAAAAUAGUAUCAAGUGUUUAAUAAUGCCCUAAUCCUUUAGGGAGACAUCAAGCUCUGGAUCCAGUACAUUGAAUUUUGCAAACACAUGGUAGGAAUAGACUUGAAUUGUUAUUGAUUUUUAUGGCUGCUAUACAAUUUAGUUUAACCCUUUUAAGUCCCAAGAUGUCAUUGUUAAUUCUCCCCUCUAGCUGCAACACAUCUCCUUGAAAAGUAGUUAUGAGAAUUUGGUGUUGGAUCAAGAUAACAAAUUCUCCCUGAUUAGUUUGAGUAUUCUUAUUACCUGUGUGCAGGUUGAUGUAUGAAUAUUAUUAGGAGAAGUUACAUGCUAAUCUCUUGUGGGAGUUAAAUAAUUAAAAGGGUUUUGCCAGGCUAAUGGGCACUUGCACAUAAGAUGUUAAGAGAUUCACAGGGUUUGGCAUGGUUGCAGUAAACUCAUGUUCAACUCUGUUUAAGCUCUGUGGCCUUCUUCUGAGAACUGAAUGUUUGCUUUGUCAUACCAAUGUAGUCUCCUUUGUAGCAGUAUUUCAGAUGUCAGGAUUUAACUGCCUGCAUAGUCACUACAUUUACAUGUACAUGUAUUUGUAAUACUAUUUCUUCUUUCAGGGAAGUUUAAAAAUUCUUGGAAAAGUAUUUGCAAAACUCUUGCAAUAUCAUCCAGACAAGCCAAGUAUGUUAACUACUCAUUUGUUAUAAACUUUCAGAUCUACUGAAUAUGUUUCAUACUAAGGCUUGGUUAUGUGAGAUUGAUUUAAAUUGAACUUAAAUUAUGUGAUAUGUUCAGUUGUCGUCAAUGUUUAAAGACCAUUCUCAAUUUGAGGGAGUCACAGCAGCUCAUUAGCUGACUCAGGAGCCAAAGCUGGAUCAUUGUAAUGCAUUCUUAGACAAGACACUUCUCUCUAUCCAUGAAUAUAAAUCAGCUAGGUACCACAGACCUAUCAGCAAGACCUCAUGAAAUGCUCGGGAGGUUUUGGGUAGCCUGUGAUGGACCAGCAUCCAUUAUGGGGAAAGAUGCCAUGUUCCUUAUUAUUUACUGGGUAAUUGUAAUGAAAUCAGUAAAACCUGUGGCACAGUUUUCUUCUCAAUCCGGUAUUUCCAUCUUUUUGCUACAAGACAUUAUUUAUUAUACAAUGUACUUUCAGGUCUGUGGAUAAUGGCAGCAAAGUGGGAGUUUGAAGAAAACAAGAACAUUCCUAACAGCAGAUCUUUAUUACAAAGAGGUCUGAGGGUAAACUCUUCUUCUCAGCAACUGUGGCUGGAGGUAAGAUAAGCCAGAGAUACUGUAACACUUGUAGUUAGUUACAAACUAAUGGUACAAUAUUUCUUAUUAUGAAAUUUUGUCUUGCAGUAUUUCAGAAUGGAACUUCUUCAUGUGGAAAAAGUAAGUCAAUUAAGAUUUUUUUUUUUUAGUCUAAAGAUGUUUUCAAGAGUUUUCAGUGUAAGUUAGAUUAUUCCCCUGGCUGGCUUUAAAGUAGGUCAGUUUUAUUUUGUUAAGUUAGUACAUUUUUGUCACACUUUAUUGGUACAGUACAUGUAUACAUUUCUGUUUUUCUCAGAUUCAUAAUAGAAGAAAAGUUCUUGGAAUGAGUGGAGGAGAAGAUUCCCAGGUAUGUUGACUCAGAUGAAGUUUGCAUGAUUGACUAACUUGUUUUCCACUUAGUUAAUGGAAGACUGCUGAAUUCUAUUGUUCCUGUAGACUAACUUGUAUGUUCUUAACAGUGACAAUAUUCUUGAAAAGAAACUUGAGUGGUUUUGUAGAUGUACCGUACAUGCUCUGUUUCAUUAUAUUUCUUGGCUCUGAUUUCCCUAUUUUUUUAUUUUCCAGGAAGAAGAAGUGACUGCAGAAUUUCUUGCUGGAAAAGUUCCUGAAAUUGUCUACAAAAAGGCAAUAGAGGCUGUGCCAGGUAAUGUUUGUUGUACUAGUAAAUGUAAGCCACAGUGUCUUUACACUGUACAUUAGAACAUAAUCAACUGUUACUUAACCAGUGCUUUAUACUGUACGUGUAGUUACUUUUAUUUCAAUGCAUGUACUUGCCAGCACUCUUAGGUACACCAUGUGUGUUUUGUGUCUGAAAAAUUAUAUACAACUUGAUGACACCACAUUUUUUUUUUGUACAUUGCAGAUGAUAUAAAGUUCCAAAUAUCCUUUAUAGAAAUUUAUCGCCUCUUUGAAAACACAGAACAUGGCUGUGAUAUGAUAUAUGAAAGGUAUUGUCAGUGUUAAGAAUGUACUCAUCACUUUUGCUGUCCUGAUUUGACAUGGUUUAUGAAGGUGAUAGUGAUAACAUGGAUUAUUGGAAAUAACAUAUGUAGUGUACACUGGUUUUGAAGACUCUUGUCAGUUAUGUCUCAGAUACAUGUUUGUAUGAUAGAGCCUUCCUUAGCCGGCAAUUCUUCUCUUGGAGCUGAACUGCAAGGAACCUUUUGCAUCAGUGCUAAAGGAAAUUAAAAUACUCCUAUUUUUAAAAUAUUUUUGUUUUCCCAGUGAAGUUACAGAGCAAAAUGUUUAAAGUAUGUUUUAAAAUUUAACUUAGUGCUUCCUUUUAUUAUUUUAGCUUAAUAAAACAUUUUCCUGAAUCUGAGGAGGAGGUGUGGAAUUUGGUAGCACGUCGACCCAUUGAUGAAGCAAAAGCUAAAGUAAAGAAAGGAACAGCUGUUAUUACAGGUGUUGAUAUUAAGACUAUCACUCAGUGUUUUGAUCAAGUUUGCAAAUAUAAGUUAAUUAAGUAAUUUCACGAAUCAACUAACAUUGUACUGUAAAUGUACUCUAGGUGGGAAUUCUGGUGGAUAAUUUGAUGGACUGUUUCAUAGUCAUAUUUAAUGAUUAGGAUAAAAUUGUUCUUGUGUUUAAUCAUCAUUUACGGCAGGGUAGAUUUAAGAAAAAACUAUGUACUUAAAUAUGCGAACUUCAUCUACAGAUAGCCAGUGGUCAGAGCUUCUGGUGGAAAUGAACAAGUUGUUUCACCAGGCAGUACGACAAGUUCAAACUGGUGAGCUAAGCAUCCAUAAAUGAUCAAUAGUUUGCAUGUUUUAUGGUAAACUAUUUUCUCCUUAAAAGCAAUAAUUGACCAUUAUUUGUUCAUAAGGUUCCUUCGUGUUCCUUCAGUCCUUAACUUUUCCACUUUUAUUUGUUUUUUCAUCACUUUGUUUUUGUUUUGCCUUUGUAAUAUGAUGUGAAUUAAGAUUUACAGUUAUAUUAUGGCCAUGUUUUAGUUGAUUUACACAUCAACUUUUUGUCAACUGUUUGAUUUUGCAGUUGUUGUUGUUGUUUUUUUUUCAACCAGAUAAAAUGUGGGAGUUAUAUAUUACUACCUGUAUGGAGCUACUUACUGAUUCUUCACUCGAGCAAGCUAAAGAGGUAAGUACAUAACUAUAAGAUUCUUUCCAUUUAAUUGUAGGUUAAAAUGGCAAGUUAUUCAGUCCUACUGUGUAUGCACUAACACCAAUAGUCUUUCUAAAUUUUUUUCGUUCUGCUUUUUGUUCUGUAGCAACAAGAGCAAAAUGUUUUGUGCUUAUUUUCUGAGGCUGAAAAAGCUAAUUGUGUCAGUGAGGAUCUCUACAAAACAUGGGUGAGUCUCCCAAAUGUCCAAUUAGAUGUGGGCAUUAAUUACAAUGAUGUAAAGAGAGCCUUUGUGCUCUUUUUUGCUGCCAUUGUGAAUGUACAUGUACAUUGUUUUCGGAAGAAAAAAAAUCUCACUUUAACCCAAGUUAGAGGAGCGUCAUUUUAAACGAACUCACUCUGGUUGGUAUAUUUUGUUGACUUGUACAUGAAGCUGAAAAGGCAUACCUACAUGUACAUAAUUCCCUACUAUGGGAAUUUGAACAGUUCACAUUUCAUUUAUCUUUUUUUUUUUCCACAAGAACUGGACAUUUUUUCCCAUGGUACAUUAGUACAUACAUGUACUUGUCAGCCUUUCAAAAUUGCCAUGGUAGCCAAUUAAAAGGAACACUUAAGUAUUUAGUAUUCUACUUGCCUGCUAAUGAAGGGUGACAAGUUCCUUGCAUACUAAUCAAAAUCCCAGGUGAAAUAACUGUAAACUUGAAAGCAGUACAUGUACCUUGUAUACAAUACAGGUUGACCUCCUGCUUCAAAGAGAUCAGUCAAAGAAAGCCUUGUUGGUUUGUAAAAAGGCAACUAAACAUUUUAAAACAUCAGCGAGUUUGUGGAGCAAGUACUUGAGACUUAAACUGCUGAACAAGGGUAAGGUUAUGUGAAUCGAUUGCUUAAUACAAUUAUAAGUUUUCCUUCUACACAAUGAACAUUUAAAUGCCAUGGAAGGUAAACAUGCAGUGCAUUGUGAAGCACUCAAAAGUAACCCACAGUUGUGUGCAUGCAUUAGCCUGCCAGCUAGCUCUCUUGUGGUUGGUUGGCAAGAAGGAGAAGAGGAGCAGGGAGAGAUUCCGUUCUUAUACAUCACUCCUACUCCCAGGACCCUUGGAAAGCUUGCUUGCAGGCUAUCGAUGUACAAGGUUCAUGUAUUUGGCUCGUGGACAUGUUUAUUCAGUUUCUUUUGCGUUACCAGCAUAUUGCAGGUGUUGGCUUCUAUUCAUAGAAAGUCUGUACUUUCUUUUAAUUGUCCCACAGCAUUACGUAAGGGAAGGGUUAAUGAUCACAAUUGGGGUUUUACUUUUUAUUCACAGGCAAAAUAAAGGACAUUCAAAAUGAAUUUUCUACAGCUCUGCAGUGCGUAGAUUCCAAGGUAAGAAAACUGAAGUGAACUAGGAAAUUCCUCGAUAUCUGCAUCACUACGUGUGUUACUACGGAGUCCACAAAUCCUUUAUAGCGGUUGGCUUAUUUUAGAACAAAAUGCAUUUAAGUGAAGCAUUUGGUCAAAGGUGCAAUAGUGAAUCAACACAAGUGCAUAUCCCAGUGUAUCGCUUGAACUGUCUUUUUUUUCCCGUGAUCAUCGAUGGUGCAGUGUCCUUGAAUAUUCUCACACAGUGUUUUCUCAUGGUUUUCUCUUGAUGCAGGAUUCGUUAUUUCUUUGGAAUCUCUGGAUUGAGUGGUGUAUUGAAAAUAAUCCGGAUGAGGUGGAAUCUGUCUUUGAAGUGAGUUACCUUCAUCUUUCAAUAGUUGCACAAUAAUGUUAACUAAAAUUACUAAACACACUGAAAUGGUGGGAUUCUGCCAACUUUUCGGUUUUAAAACUGCAUCAAUAUAUUUCAAGGAAACUAAAGGUUUUUUUGUGUUUCCUCUCGUUAUUAUGUCUUAUUACAGCUGUCAUUGCAAUCCUGUGCUGACGUACAGAUCGAAACGAAAUACAAAUAUGUCGAGUGGACCUCGAGCACAAAAGGGAUCAAGAAAGCGAGGAAACUCUACAAAAGGUGAAAUAAUUACACUUAUUAACUGUGUCCAAUGAUGACAAACAAUUCUGUGCUACUUCGCUAAAUUAAUUUUCUUGUUCACUGUAAGCUCAUUUUCAAAUUUCUGACGAUCGCUACCUUCUCCUCAUGUUUAAGUUCCUCCUUAUAACAAAGCAUGGAUAUGUACCAGUACUUCUGGGCAACGGCUGUAUACCGUCAUACAAUUAUUAAUAAUGAAGUGUAACGGGUCUUUUCGCCUUUCCCCUUCAGACUGAUUCAAGAGCGACCUUAUACAAUUUCUUUCUUUCGAAAGUGUAUCGACCUCGAGUUAACACAGGUAAGCGAUGUUAAAUCGUUACAGACAAAAAUUGCAUCUGUUGAAUGGUCCGUCGUUUUGAAUGAUCCUCAAUUUCGUGAUCCUGACAAAAUCCUGGGAAGAGGAUGACGUUUUAUACUCGACUAGUUCUAACGCAAAAGAUGCUGAAAUAGUGAAAGCACAAAAAAUAUGUGACUGAAUACUUGUGCGAAAGCGCCCGGCUUCUUCAAGCUUGAACCUGCAUCAUUUUUUUAUACAUCUUGUAAUCGUUUUGACAUUAAGGGCCGAAGAUUAAUCGUCGUUUGAAAAAUCCGCCUUCUAAUCGUUUGAAGUUCAGCCAAACGUUUAGCAAAGCGUAGUUUAAGUAAAAAUGGAACCUUGCCUAGCUAAGACGACCAUCGGACUGAUUGAUAACGUCUUGAAAUAUGGAACAACUAAAUCUACACUUUCAUUUAUCGAUCAAGGCAUGUAAAACUGGCCGUGUCGACGGGACGGUCGUAUGGCAGGAUUUUCAUUAAAUAAACCUUCGUUAGUUAAACGUUGAUAUGAUACUAAUAGGAAAUAACUUGUAUUGCCAAGGUGCUGGAGUAUGUUUUGUUCGUGCGCAUGUCGGAACGUCGUGCAGUCUACUAAGCUUACUUUACUUGGUUGCUCAGGUUGAGCCGAGUGCGAAGCGUAUUCGUGAUUUGUAUGAAGCAGCCGUAGAUCAGUUUGGUUCUUCUUAUCCUGGUAAGUACGGCAGAUCUUAGCAAAAGGACAGCGAUACAUUGAACAUGCGCAGUAACUGAUACUUUCUCACCAGAGUUAGACUUUGGUAGGGAGGUUGGAGUUUCAUUUGUGUGUGCUGUAGGAGAACGUGAUGUUCUCUUGACGAGAAGAACAUAUUGUUAUACUUAGUGUCGUAUUUUCUCGAAAGGUUUUUCGACUUCCUUUGCCGACGAACAUUUUUAUCGAUUUAAUUAUUUUGAGUUAGCAUCAAUUUGCCUGUGUCUGCUAUAAAUUUCCUUUGCUGACGAACAUUUUCGUCACUCCCUUGUUAUGCUUUUGCGCCGGCCUUCAGAUGUCCAGACACUUGUCUCUUUUGUUCGUAGUUGUGGUUUAGUUGUGGUGGGCGUAGGGCUUCGGCUUUUCUCUGCUUCUUCUCGUCGGUGUAGAGAGGGGCUGUUUGUAGCAAGUGCCUGGAGAUGCUAGCUAAGAGAAAGAGAUGUAAUUUUUCUGUUUUGUUUAUCUCCCUCCUGACUCUGUUAAGUUAAUGGUUAUCAACGCAGCAAAGCUUCCUACGUGAUAUAUUUUUAGUGCAAUUCGGCAUUCUAGACCUAGUCGUUUUAAGCUUGGAAUGGAAUUUAUAUGGUCUAAUUAUAUUGUGCAUGUGUCGGCCGGCAUGUUGCAUACUUGGCUUCCUGUCUAGUCUCUGUUUCGCAUUUGAAUGUAUAUAUAUAGAAUUUGCGCCUUAGAAGUCAAUAAAAUUAUUAUUACUCUGCAUGCAUGCAUGCAACGCGCCAAUAUGUCUAAUCCACAGAAAUGCUUCAGUGAAAGAAAAUAUGACGUUUCAGAAUCUUUGUAGAGUAGAAACGAGGUCAGCGUUCUCUCAUUCAGUCAUCCAGCUUUUUAAUAAACUGUAGAUGUUGAAAAAACCUUAGAACGUUUAAAAAUACAAUUCGAUCAAAAUGUUCCCUAAAUUUUAAAGUCCAUAAAUAGGAUUAUUUUUUUUAUUCAUUAAUUUCAAAGCUCUUUUUAAUUCAGUUGUUGGAGUGAGACGCAGUCGCGGCCCUCCACGGUAAUUCUAAAAAUUACAUUCAUUUUUGUGAUAAAAAAAUUAUCCGUAGUGGUCAAAAGGGAAGUGAUUUCAGUUAAGUUUCAUUCGCAAUUGUCAUGUGAGGGAAACUAGAGUUGUAUCCAUAGUAAUCUGUUUCCAAGUCACUGAAUAGAUUAGAUGCAAACUACUCAUUUCACGUUUGGAGCUGGCUCUUGGCAGUUAAAAAACUAUUUGAAACUUGAAUUCACCAAGAACCCAGCAGAGUUUCGCUCAUGCGGCGGGAAAAUUACAGACGAAUUCAAAGCAGAAACGUUUCAAGGCAGUUUUGAGAGCUGAAGCGGUGCAAGUUAAUCUUUUCGUCUUAACACACACACUGUCAAUUAGCAAGGAACCCACCAAGUAAUCAUAAGACUAAUUCAGAAUGCAAUCUUUUUGUCUCAUUACACGCAUUCUUUACACGCAGUGGUACUGUAUCAUAUGAUCUCUAGGUUUUAUCACGUUUUUAUGCUGUGAAAUGUAGAGCAUUGGUAGAAAGUACAGCAUUGUGACUGUUUCAUCGUGUCCUAGUCUAAAGUUCACAAGGCUUCACAAGAGGGAGAUCGAAUACUACUUAUCGUGUCUUAUAAGUAUAUAGCUCAGUCUCCUUGCUACGGAUGUUGUGACUGGUUUAUUUUAUUCAUUGUUAUUAUUAUUUAAUCUUAUUUUCAUUGAACGGUUUCCAUAAGGUUUGUGAUGUAAAUUGUGAACUCAGGAAGUAGUGGAUAGACCAUGGUACCCGGCUCUGCAAGCUAUUAACAUACGACAUACAUUUCCUUAACAGACUGCAAACGACUGUUUCAAUUGCUCGAACUUUUUUCGUUACGGUAUUUGACUCUUUCCACGGCUUUUUAUCCUCAGUUUAAAUCCGAUUAUCUCAGUGUUUUAAGUCUGCUGAUCUUUUAAAGCGCCUCGUCGUGUCAACCUCCAAACAUCGUUUCAUUGAUUAAAGAUUGAUUAAAUUUAGCGUUACAAUGGCGUCAGUUUCUUUUUUACGUUGUCAAUUUAUUGCAUCCGCAUUUUCUUGGCCUGUUUUAUUUAAUUAAAAUUUCAGCAGUUCCGACUUUUAGCCAUCUGUGUGAUGGAUUAAAAUUAAGAACAAUAAUGAAAAUAUUCGUUUAAAUCAACCUCCCUCCUAGUGGGGUUUCCUAGAGUUCUAUACCAAUGAAUUAAAAACAAACAUUGUGGAUAAAGAUAAAUGGCUUUAAAAAAUCUCAUCGGGAUGGAAGUUAGCCAGUAUGUAAUAUUCAAUGCAAAGUCGAAAAAGUUUCCAUGUGAAGACCGUGAACAGAACACAGCAACAUCAGAUAAGAAGUCUUAGAGCAAACUAGCCUGAUAGAUUUCCUUUUCAGCAAAGCAGAUUAACUUUGAACACUUAAAUUGUUUUAGCAUGACUUGGUCCUUUUUAAUAGGAGAAAAUAAUAGGUUUAAUCCACUGAUUGAAAUCAUGUUGGUGUUCGUAAAAUUUACGUUGGUUGGUAAUUUAAUCCAAGUUGCUUAGUCCGGUUUUUCUUUUAUUCAAGAUUGAGAAAGAUUCAGACGUCAACUAAAAGAAAUUGCGCAAAAUUACUUAAAGGAGCUAUUCAUGGCGUUGCAUGCUAAAAAAUUUAUAUCUUUUGUCAAGUGGGAGCUGACAAGCUGUUUGGGAAACAGAGACUUAAGGACUUUGCUUCGAGUGGGCACAGAGGCAGUUGGUGCAUUUUCCAUGAAAAAAUUAUCUACUCAUAAUAGUUUCGAAAAUGAACCUAAACUCAGGAAGCAAGUAUAAGAUGGUUAAUUCGAGAUUGGGCUCAUAUUGUUGUGUAUUUUUCUUUUAUUACAAAAUAUUUUUUUCCGCAUUAAACGACUGAAAGUGUGACCACAUAGUUCCUUUUUCGGAACUGGCUGGGACUGGAACCUCUUACCGAGGCCCAACGCAUACAUCAAAAUUCUCGAACGUGAUUGGCUAUCAGUUGGCUGAUGUGGGCACUUGGACAGUGAAGGCGUCAUGCUUGUAAUAGGACAUUUUAAGAGCCGGAGUGCUUCUGGACUAUGUUUGUUAUCUCUCCACAUGUUUAUUUAGACUGAUAGGUUCGUUUUUUCGUGGAGAGAGGUUAACGGUUAUGUUUUUAUUUAUGACUACGCUUCACUGAUGGGUAUUUUGUGUCUCAAAUUUGUCAUGUUUGUGAUUAAUUGUUAUUAAGACUUCUUGCCGACCAAAUCUGUCUGUAAUAUUACUCUUGAUUAACAAAGUCGGACUACCGCUUCGCGGUCUUGAAAUUUUGUGAAUCACUCGUAUGAUUAUAGGCUUGAUUGGACUCGACCUGGUCUUGUUACAAUAAUUCAUACGUGUGUUUCUUAUUUUCCUCAGAUUUGUGGGUGGAUUAUAUUCGCCUGGAACUCCUACACCCUGGUGGAAAGCCAGACAAUGUAGGUCAGCUGUACUGGCGAGCCACCAAGACACUCGACGGUAAAUUCACGGAGGAAUUUGUGGGACUGUACUCGUUGCUGCAGGCGGGGCGAGUUUAAAUCCAAAUCAAGAUGUUUCUUUAUACUUCUAACAUUGAGAAUUAUUUUAGGAUUACAAUGAUGGAGUUAGUCUCUUUCCCUUGAGGAGCAUCGGGACAGAAGUGUUGAAGGUUUAGGCCUCUUAGGGAACAAAGGCGAUGGAUAUUUUGUGGGGAAAAAACCGGAAUUCUCUUCCAGAAAAAAAUAUGAUAGAAAACGUUUAUGUUUUUAAACAUAAUUAAAAAUUAAAUUAUGGAGUAAUUUUAUUUGUGUAGUUGUGAAGUCUUCAAUUAUAGCCAUCGCGGCUUUUCCAUUCAGACAUAGUUUGAUUUAGGAGGCGAAUUCCAGUUUUAUGACUGUUCGUGGUGCCAGGGCUUGCACCUGUUGUAAUGAAGUUAACCAAAAACAAUAAUUUUGAGUUAAACUUGAAUCAGAAAAAUAUGUAUUUUUUUCGUUAAGAUAGACAAACACAAACGAGGUAAUUAUAAACCAAGAGGGAACAAAAAAAGGAAAAGGUCGAGAUGACUAACAUGAAUUGCUAAUAACGAUCUCGAAAAUUCAGACCAAGUGCCUAAUAGUGAAGAAUUCUCGACGGAACUCUCAUAACGAGUAACUGAAAUAGGAGUGGCAGUUUGAUCUUUUUAACUUUGUAUUAAAACUGGGAGUCAGCAGUAGACACUCCACGGGGUGGCUUUUCUUGUCCACUGUUUCCACGUCGAAUUGGAAUUUAGAAUGUUAGAAUGUUCUGUUUUGACGCAAUUUUCCCGUUUCUCGUUUAACCCGUAUCAAUCGUAUUGUUAUCGUCUUCCAUCAUCCUGGUUGCUCUCGUGUCUGAGUACGACAUCUGUUACUCGGCAUCUCCAAGUAAUUAACUAAUACAGUUAUCGAAGUAAUUAACCAGUAUUACCGAGAAAGGUUGAACGUCUAGGACUCUUCGCCGUCCUUAUGCUAUUGAUGUUUCAUUUGUGGUAAAGAAGAUUCUUUUUAGCUGAUCAUUGCGAAUUAUCUGCUGUUUUUCGGUUGUUAUUUAUCAUAUAUCCUAAAGGGUAGAACCAUGAUGUUAGCGAGUGUCAAACAUCUUACGAUAUUCCGUGACCGCCGAAGUAUCUUUUUAAUUGGAUAUUGUAUUUUUUUUUCCCGCCGCUUCUCCUAUAAUCAGGUUGUGUAUUGGUGAAGUUAAAUGGUUAAAACUUUUCCCAUAAUUAGGGUCAGUAUAAGCUAAGGAACAACCGAUACAUCAAUGGACCUCUUACACGCUCGCUCUCCGAGAAAGAAUUGCUAAAGCUGUCUUCUAAGAAACCGUUGACUACAUUGCAGGCCUACUAAGUUAAUCGCAAAUUGAUAAAGACUAAAGUGAGAAAUAAACAAAGAAAUUAAACAUCUGACGAUCCUUUCUCCCGUAAGUCGACCUCUAGGGGUAAACACGACGGGUGAAUUAGCUUCUACUCUAAGGUGUUCUUCAGAAAUGUCGUGAGGAGACAUUCCUAGUGCACGAGUCUUAUUUCUCUGGAGAGCGUUUUAGACAGGUCUGUUGACGUUCCUGAAGUGUUUGUCUGAAGUUCGGUGUCUUGUGGCACCAACAGACAAACGAGCUAAUUGAAUAUGCUGAACAAUUUUUCUGAUGCAGACAAAAUAGUAUGACAAAUCAUCUGUGAUUCAUUAUGAUGCGGAAAUCUUUAGUCUGGUUCGAAUUCCGGCCAGUCAUAAAAAAAACUGAACUCUUUAAUGGACUUUGCUUGACCUCUCCCAAGUGUCUAUGUAGACAUCAUGAUUAUCUUUGGGGAGAAGCUGUUUUACACUAAAUUGUUUCACGCGAUUAGUAUUAACUCACAGCCAGCACAGGUAGAACCUCCUGUCCCCGUUUGUGGAACAUCCAGCUGUAAAACGAGGUUGAUAUCUUAAGAAUGGUUAACUGUCAUUUCUCAGGCCCUUUCUAAUCGGGCAGGUAACCAGAUUUUCAUCGCUCCGCAAAAACGUAUCGCCAGUCGAGCUGGAUAAUAAAAGAGAAUAAUAAAUAACUUGAUUUAAUUCUGGUUAACAAAUUCUCAAACUCUGGUGUAGUAAAAGACACCUAUGGGCGUUUUCCGCUGUAUACAAUUCACUUUCUUAUAUGAACUUUUUUUUUCUCUUUUCCUGAAUCAAGUAACUAAUCGCAAAGAGAGUUUUUCAAUGAGUAAAAUUGUGAAUUUUAAUAAUUUUUGUUUGGUGGG